CAGAGGAGCCCAAAAAUCAAUACAGGAUAAGGAAGGGUGGGGUUACUAUGAGAUGUUCCAGAUGUAGGGGUACUGGACAUAACCUAAGAACAUGUCCCCGCAUAAGAAUAGAAGCAGUUAAUUAUAGAGGACCUCGUAGGAGUGAGGUGCAAUCUACUGAACCGAAUCACCAUUCUACAGUUGAUUCUGAACCGCCCUCAAUUGUCCAUCACACCCCACAAACCACUGUUGCAUCAUCGUCUAGAGGAAGGGGUAAGGGAAGGGGUAGGGGUAGAGGUAGAGGUAGAGGAACUGGUCAGUCACAGCCACAGCCACAGCCACAACCACAGCCACAUACUCUGCAUCAGCCGCAGCCUUCGCCUCAUGCCAAUGCUUGGUUUCCAAGUACCGUCAACACGGUCCGGGGGUAUGGACCGCAUUCGCAGUCACAGCCUCGGACCCAUGCCAAUUUUAUUGUGAGCACUCUUCUAUAA